AUGCGUUUCUUACAUCUCUUAGCGUCCACCGCGGCGCUGGCCUCUGCGGCCGCUGUCACGGACUUGAACAGCAACUACAACAAGCCCGAGGACAAGAAGGUCGAUCAGUACGACCGUCCCGAGCCCAAGUUUGAGGCUCCCAAGUUUGAGCCCAUCAACAAGGUCGAAGACCACAGGGGCGAUGACCACAGGGGCAACAACAAGGGCCCCGAGUAUCACGACCAGCCCAAGGAUGAGCACAAGGAUGACUUCCGAAAGGAUGAGUCCAAGGGCGAUCACAAGGAUGCUUACAAUGUUGGGGACAACUUUGGUCACAAGGAUGAUCACAAGGAUGACCACAAGGAUGACUUCCGAAAGGAGGAUCACAAGGACGUCUAUAACCCUGAGCCCAAGAAGGAGGAGCACAAGGACGUCUACAACCCUGAGCCCAAGAAGGAGGAGCAUAAGGAUGAGAACAAGUGGGAUGACCACAAGGAUGAGCACAAGGACGAGCACAAGGAUGUCUACAACCCUGAGCCUAAGAAGGAGGAGCACAAGGAAGAGAAGAAGCCUCAGUGGGAGGCUCCCAAGAAGGAGGAGGAGCACAAGGAGGAGAAGCCUCACACCGAGGCUCCCCCUCCCCCGCCGCCGCCUGCCACAGGAACCACCCCGCUGGUCGUUCCCACCGCUGCUGCCGACAAGACCAAGGCCGGCUUUGGAGCUCUCGCCCUCGCUGCUGGUAUUGCCGCCAUGGCUCUCUAAGCGAUGGGAUGGAUUGCCAUCAGAAAUGGCCCCCU